GGAUUACGUGGACAAGCUCUCCAAGUUAAUGGACAAAAAUGAUGGGGUGGCAGGUCAACAGCAGACUGCGCAGCCCAGCAUGGACUCAGAACUCACAACGGAGGCCACAAAUACUGGUAGCAUGGGGCAUGCGUGGGGCCUUUGCCAAAGGCCGUGCAUUUUCCAGCUCAAUGGAUUUUGCGCCAAAGGUGAGGACUGUGGGUUUUGCCAUUUGGGGCAUCAUGAUCGUGUGCCGAAGCUUGACAAACAGCAGCGAUCAUUGUUGCACCAAAUGAGUGCGGGUGAGCUACUGACGCUGGUCAUAGGUCCUUUGAAGGCAAAGGUUGCAGAACUGGGGUUGGAAGAGCCGGCUCGGGAGUUGUUAGAGCUCUUGGAGAUGGAGCGUGCUUCGCAAAGGUCUUGCACAGCCAAGAAACACCCCAAGCUACCUUGCAUCCGCAAAACGAUGACUCGAAUGAGCAUUGCAGGCUUGAUCGGUGUAGCUGGACAUAGCCAGACAGGUGCUGAGUUUCGUGCAAAACUCUUAGCAGCAGUUGAUCAGUUGCGGCGUCAGCUCCACUAGGACAGGAUAGCAAAAGUCCUGAUUGUGGAACUGAUGCCAACGCGCGGUUUGGAUCCGCGCUAUGGCCGUUCAGGCUUGCACAGAUGGGGCAGCCAUGGCUUGACUGCCUGGAAAUAUGAUAGUAGCCCUGGACUAGGGAGGUUUGCCCCAGUUCACUGAAGCCUC